GAAAACCGGCAUAUUAUUCCCCGUUCCGUUACUCUUUUGUGUGGAGGACUGCUGAAAAGAAUUUGACGAAAAUGGGGGAAUGCGGAGUAUUCUCACGUUUAAAACCACCAAAGCAUAAUAUUGCUCAUAGUGACCUUUGACACCCGUAAGAGCACAGAGUGACUAGACGAUGUGAGAACAAUGAACGACGACACAACCACUCGGUUCAUCGCUUCCCUUGUGAAAUCUCUGCAGUCCUUGUGUCAUGGAUAUGUGGAGUUUGAAAAGAACAUUGAGAUUAUCGGACACAUCUAUCUCAAUAUUGACAGCCAACAGAAAUAUGACUAUGUUGUUAAUGAACAAGUGUGCAAGAAUGAGGACGAGUCCCAAGCAAUGUUUGUCAGCAAUAGCUUCCACGCCCAGCCAGCUAGGACCACGGUGAGGACAUCGAGGCAGUGCAAUGCUCUUGACCUCAAGAUCCAGUCUGCCAAAGACACUAUAGGUAUCGACCUUUCCACAUUCCAGACCGAUGUAGGUCAAGGUCGUUCCGCAUCUCGAGAGAGUUCACAGUCGCUCUCUGCAGGAUCGGAAACAGGUUCGGUAUCUGGAAAUGUUCCAAAUCGUGAGCCAGGUACCUCCCCUUCCCUCCACUGUCAAAACCCCGAACGGUCCGUUUCAAGGCGGAAACGACAUUUACAUGACCUCUCCUCCAAACCCUCUCCUGACGUCUCCCCACCUAGUCGAAGCCGAGACGGGGAGAGGCGUGACCACCAUGACAGUCCUUCGUUACGUUCGCAAUAUACUCUUGGUGCUUCUGCCUCCAAGCUGGCCCGGAGGAUAAGUAAUGAACUCGAGAAGCAGGGAUUGGCUACCCCAGCUCAGACUGAUAAUGACGUUGAAAUCCACACUCGAUUAUCUGGGUCAAACGAGACUCCAUCUCGUUUUGGUCGCAAUGGCCAAGGUGCAUCUCAGAGACAGUUUUCAGAUGAUUCGUCCAAACAUAUAGACUCUAUAAAGGAUCCCCCUGAGAAGAGUGAGGGGCAGUCGUUAGCAGACAGUAUUGAUCUAAGCCGAGUGAAAGAGGAAGUGAUUGAGGAUGAGAGCCUGUUCGAUCAGCUUGACUGGAACCGAGCUGCUCGCGACGCAGACCAAGAGACAUACGACCCUCAGGCAGAGGGGCACGAGGCCUCGGAAGAUCAGAUCGUGGCCGAAAACCUGGCGGCAGCAGCAUCCUCAUCCCUCUAUCCAGUCAUGAUCCACCAGAACACUGCCGGUCUGCCCAUGCCUGGCUACGGAUCCCCCGUGUUUCCACAGAACUUCAAUGAACCCACCCACACAAUGUCCGCCAGUUCCUCCCCCAUUGCUUCCACUAGCGGCCAGCUCAGUCCGGGGGCCGUCUUCGGGGCACGGCGGACGCAGCCAGGAAACUCUGGACGAGGUUACACGGCCCAAUUCACUCCACGGCCAGGCAAAGUACCCCAGGACAUGGCCAGCAAGUUCAAUAUUCCAAAUGAGGACAUCCAUGCUGUAUCAAGCUAUACUCAAAUAAAAGAUGAGGACGUGAUGAUGUCAACAAGUCAAGAUAUGGCAUCGUCUUCUUCAAACGUCAACGAUUUCCAGGAUCCAAGCCAAGAAAUGACAUUGUCUUCGUCAACCUACAACGAUUCCCAGGAUCCAAGCCAAGAAAUGAUAUCGCUUGCUUUGAUCAAGGAAGACUCCGAGUAUCCGAUGACUCCAAACCAAGAUAUGACAUGGCCUUCUUCAACCAACAAAGACUCUGAGUAUCCGAUGACUCCAAACCAAGAUAUGACAUGGCCUUCUUCAACCAACAAAGACUCCGAGUAUCCGAUGACUCCAAACCAAGAUAUGACAUGGCCUUCUACAACCAACAAAGACUCCGAGUAUCCGAUGACUUCAAACCAAGUUAUGACAUGGCCUUCUUCAACCAACAAAGACUCUGAGUAUCCGAUGACUCCAAACCAAGAUAUGACAUGGCCUUCUUCAACCAACAAAGACUCUGAGUAUCCGAUGACUCCAAACCAAGAUAUGACAUGGCCUUCUUCAACCAACAAAGACUCCGAGUAUCCGAUGACUCCAAACCAAGAUAUGACAUGGCCUUCUUCAACCAACAAAGACUCCGAGUAUCCGAUGACUCCAAACCAACAUAUGACAUGGCCUUCUUCAACCAAUGAUAAGCUGGAGCUUCCGAGAAGUCCAAGCCAGGACAUGGCAUACCCCUCUUCAAUCAAUGAGGAGCCAGAGGUUCCAAGUAGGCAUCGGAGAAGAGCAUCAAUGGCAGCAUCCCAGGCACUCAAUUACCAGAUGUCAUUCAUGGAUGAUGAAGAUGUCCUUGUUGUCAAGGAGACACCAGAUGAAGACUUUCAGGUUGAGGAUGAUGAUGAUGAGGAGGAGGAGGAGGAGGAGGAGGAGGAUUCAUCCUCCCCAAAACAGGUUGAUCAAGGUGAUCAGUCAGUUGAGAAUUCUGCUGAAUCAGCUGGAAAUAUGAAGUCAGAGACUUCUAACAUGGAUGCCCCGAAACAAUUUCUUUCCAGCCAUAAAACAAUUCUAAAAUGCAUAGUUUGUUGCUAUACAUGCAAUAAUCGCAAAGCUCUGAAAUGCCACAUAUGGGACGAGCAUGGAUCUGAAGUGUUCUUCUGUCAGUCAUGUAACAAGAUGUUCCUCGACAAGGCUGAAAUGCAGGUCCACAGGGAUGCGAAACAUCCAAAUCGGUUUGUCUGUUAUGUGUGUGGCAAGUUCUACACUCUCAAAAGCCAUCUGAACGCUCACAUCAAGUUUGUCCACAACAACCACUCCCGCCAUUGCACCUUUCCUGGCUGCGAUAAGAUCUUGAAAAAUCCCAAAAGUCUCAAGGUGCAUCUCAAGAUGCAUGAGUAAGGAGUGAGUGUUAAAAGACCUGAAUUGACAAUGUUUUCAGUGACAGUGGUGUUUUCAUUGGCUGAGAUACAAAACUAUAAUGUUUUCAAUGAUGGUCAUGUUUCAUGCCCCGAGAUACGAAACCGUAAUGUCUUCAGUGACAGUCGUGUUUUCAUUGCCCGAGAUAUAAAACGUAUUAUGUUUUCAAUGACGGUCAUGUUUUCAUGGGCCAAGAUACGAAACUACAGUGUUGUCAGUGACAGUCGUGUUUUCAUUGGCUGAGUUACAAAUCGACAAUGUUUUCAGUGACAGUCAUGUGUUCAUGAGCCAAGAUAUGAAACAACAAUUUUGUCAGUGACAGUCAUGUUUUCAUGGGCCGAGAUACGAAACUGUAAUGUUGUCAGUGACAGGCAUGUUUUAUGAAGAUAUGACAUGUCAAUGUAGAUAGUGACAGUUGUGCUACAUUGAAAUACUGAUGGAAACAAAAAAGGCAGCAUACAAAUUCAACACAAUCAGAAUCAAAUGUACAGAUGUAUUUGUGUGCUUAUCGUUUUACUGUGUCUAAACCUUACUGUUCCCUUAUUCAUUUCCAUCAGUAUAUGUAACCACAGUGUUGGUAGGGACAGUUGUGAAUGUUGUUAAUUACCUUUGACAGACCAUUCUAACAUGCGGCUUCAAGACGACUAUGCUUGCCGUAAAAGGCGACUUUGCUUGUCGUGAAAGGCGACUAACGGGAUCAGGUGGUCUGGCUCGCUUACUUGGUUGACGCAUGUCAUCGAUCCCAAUAGCGUGGAUCAAUGCUCAUGAUAUCAAUCACUGGAUUGUCUGGUCCAGACUUGAUUAUUUACAGACCGCUGUCAUAUAGCUGGAAUAUUGCUGAGAGAGCCGUAAAACAACAAACAAACCAACGUCUGCUUCCGACUAUCACUUCGUGCCUUGUGGCCUUCACCCAUCGUUCCCAUAGUACAUAUUUCCGCACAUGUCCGGAGACAUUCAGGUCAUAGGUCACUUCCUACGACACAUAACAGAGUUAACAACCCCACAUGAAUGCCAAUCAUUACGAUUCGUUAUCAAUGUAAACCAAGGUCAGUGCUAAGGCAUGCAUGCCAGUACAGCCCUUUGUGUAGAUGAAUAGUAUUUGUGUAUGAUUUAAUCCCGUAUUAUAGGAUUAUUAUAAUAAUAAACUACCAGAGUCUCUAGUGUUAUACUUUAAUCACAUCUAGAUCAGUUAGUUUUGCAUUGGUCUCAUAUGGACUCGAAAAGGUCCCCAGAAAUUGAUGCUGUCAUAAGAGGCGAGAAAAUGGAUCAGGUAGUGAGGUGACUUGUUGAAUUGCAAGUCUUCAUAUACCAACGGCAUUGAACAUUAUAAUAUAACAGAAUAUAAUGAUAUCUAGUACAGUAAACUACGGUUAUAACAAACUCAAAGGGACCACUAAUUUUAGUUUGUUAUAACAAUAGUUUGUUGUAAAUAUUUCGACAAAAUUUCCUCUCUAGUCGUCGUAUUUAAAGACAGAAUUUAUCCACAUCAAAGGCUCUAGUCUAAUCACUGUUUAGCUAUUGUUGACUAAGGGUGUAAAUUAUGUCAGUACAAGAUACAGUUAAUCACUUGCCUUCAAUUGUUUGUUGCCACUUUUAAUUGCAGCACGUGGCCGCGAAUGUUUUGAUAAACUGAUUAGUGACGCGCUAGCAGCUGUGAGAUUAACAGUUAGUUAUAAACAUUGUCAUUGACUGUACACAUGGGACCACAAAGUGAGUUCACUUUAUCCAUUAUUUAUCUGUGUGUGUGCUGGCAUUUAGAUAUGACCGAGGAGGUUUUCAUCUGAUGGUAGCUGAGUCUUUGCUUGAAUUAUAUCCAAUUCCACACAGUAACAGUUUUGUCUUGUGUUGGCUUGGUUGUUCAAUGCCACACUCAGCAAUAUUUCAGCUAUAUGCGGCAGACUGUAAAUAAUCUAGUCUGAACCAGACAAUCUAGUGAUUGAUAUCAUGAGCAUUGAUCUAUGGGAUACGAUGACAUGUAUCAACAAUACAGAGAGCCUGACCACCUGAUCCCGUUAGUCGCCUCUUACGACAAGCAUAGUUGCCUUUUACGGCAAGCAUGGGUUGCUGAAGACCUCUUCUACCCUGGACCUUCACAGGGUCAUUUGUGUCAUGACAAUGUGCAAUGAUAAUAAAUUGUGUAAACGUUUGAAAACGUGUCUGUUGUAUUUUAUAGCUUGUCAUGGCUGUGUGCCCCAAAGAUAUCCUAGCACUGUGAUUAUUGUUACAGUAGUAAGUAUUGGUGGUGAUGUCUUAGUUAGGUCUUGAACGUAGCAUGCUGGUAGCACACACCUACUUCAGACAGUCCAGGAAACAAGUAUAUUUCUCAAUUAAAAAACAUAGUACUUGAUUAAUUCCAGCACAGUUGAAAAUAUGGAUUGACUGUUUUUGUCCCGGUGAUUCAUGCCGACAAGUCCAUGGUGCUAGAUUCCCCCCAUGUCAGGUUGUCCUGACAACUGGUCAUACUUGACACGGGUUUACAGUAGCUUGUAGCUGUAUGCCAUAUACUACAAACUUGAAAGCAUCAGGGUUUUAAACUUUUAUCAACUCUUGUUGAUAUAUUUGAUAUCAAAAGAGUGAUAUUAACGUCAUAUAGGAAUUAUUUCAGCCUUAUAGCUACUUGAUAUGAAAAGACUUUCUUAUUGUGCAAGUUAUAUCAUUGAAGAACAUAACAUAUACUACUCAAAAGAAGUUGAGGACCACUGUCAUGGUAUGAAAGAUUAACUAAAGUAACAAUCGGGUGGUACUUAACUUCUUUUGAGUAGUAUUAGAAUAAAACGUCUAAUCCGUUCAUGAUGCUAAGUCUUUAUUAUGUGGAAUGCAAUAUUUGAUACAGAAACUAUCUACAUGUAUCUCGUCUGUUUAUUGGUUCAGCCAUGUGUAAUGUAGUACUAUUAUAUAAUCAAGGUCAAGGUUGGAGGGGAGAUAACUCAUGUCUGAAAAAUUAAUAUUUUAUAAAGCUCGUUGAAAUUCUUAUGGCGCAAGACAUCUGAAAAGACUUCCUAGCUGAUUCUUUUAAAUUCUUAGUGAUUUACCACCGAGUAUUCGUCACAAUGUAGACGAAACACUUUUUAUUCCGUCUCCUGGUAUGAUGUCAGCAGCUCUGUUCUCGUACCCUUCUCUCGAAGUAUAUACUCGCCUCUAAGUCCUCAACUACUGAAUAUCUCUGUCCUUCCACUUCAGUUCUCUCUGAGUCAGUAAAUUUAAAUCAAAUUCAUUCAAUCUGAGACUUAUGUGUGAGUAUAUACUAAACAUGACAAUUUCUGUGUCUCACUUUCAAAGUAAACGUUUUUGUGAAGGAAAGUUUAAAUCUGAGACAUUUUGACAGUCCAGGAAGAUCAGCUGAUCAUCUUGAAGAUUUGCAAAUUUUGGGUAAGUAGCAGCUCCUUGUCUUAUGCUAUAUGUUUAAAGUCAGAAGUACAUACUCACAUAUCGUCUCUCAAUUGAAGAUUUUGUAAUUGGCCAACACAAUUUGUCUUUCUUUCUUUGGUCUUUUCUUUUGAAAAACUGUGAUUAAUAAAUAUUCUUGCAUGAAACAUUCCUUUUUCCUGCUGUGGUAUAACGUUUGAAAUGACAUCUUCAGGUUUUUUAGCCAUUAAACAUUUCCUAUUAUGACUGAUCUAGUUUGAAUCUGAAGUCUCUGCUAUUGUUCUUGUUAGAUGUAUAUAGAUGUUGAUACACCAGAGUCAUG